AUGUCGCAGCAAGCUUCACUCCAGUCCUUUUUCACCCAGUCUUCCCAACAAGGGACAGCCCCCUCGCAGAACAGGAACACUCAGGUUCCCGACCCAACCCCAUCCGGAGCUCAGGAACAGGAAUUCUCCUCGACCUUUGCAACAGAAUCCGACUACAACGACCCCUACCAGCCGAGAGUUGACUACCUCUACCCGAGCAUUGUCCCCCAGGACACCCACACCCAGACGGACCUGAACUACAUCACCUGGGCCAUUAGACAUGCCACCAGCCGGAUCUGCCCACCCUCCGACAGGAUUGAAAUCCUCGAAGAGCAAACGACUACUCUCCGGAGAACAGUGGAUACACUGAAACAUCAGAUCGAGGCGCAGACAAACAUGAUCACCAAUAUGCAUUCGGCGAUCCACGCGCUCCUCAACAAACAAUCACAACCGCAGCAACCGCAACAACCGCAACAACCGCAACAACAGCAUCAACAGCAACAACAGCAACAGCAGCGAAAACCACAGCAACCGCAAGGACAGAGAAUGCCCCCUCCAGCGGUCCCACAAACAGCCCCCCAAGCAGCGCCACAGGCAGCUCCUCAGGCCCCCCCACCCGCACCCCCCCAACAAGCCCCACCCCGUGGAUGGAAGGCAGGCACCUGGGCCGCCGUGGCAUCGGCACCCGGUCCUGCCCAAGGAAACUUCCAGGUCGUCGAGAGAAGAAAGAAGUCCGCAAAGCCAAAAGCGGACCCCCUCUUCAAACCAGAGUACACCAAAAUCAACAGGGAGAUCAUUGUUGAAACUACUGCCCCAUCCGACGUUAACCCCGUCGAGAUCAGGACCCUCAUCAAUGCAAGAAUCCAAGAUGAGUCCUGCCACUUCAUCUCAGCAAGAAGAACACCCAAAGACAACUUCAUCUUGGAAACAAAAUUCGUUACCCCUGCAACAAAGGCAAUGGAAUAUGCCAAAGAAAUCGAGGAGGCCCUCCUCACCCUACAGGUACCGGUCGCUAUCAUCCGAGCAAACUCUAAAUGGUCAAAGUUUCUCCUCCAUGGAAUCCCCACAACGGUCGGGGAGGGCAUUGAGGCGGGACAAUUGGUAGCAUCAGAAAUCAGAAGUAACUAUGGAGAGAACUUCCAACUUGCCCAGGUUCCCCGCUGGAUCUCCAGGGCAGAAACUCGAAUGGAGAAAACCCACUCAUCAAUGGUCAUCGCACUCCCAGGACAAAUUACAAUGGAAACACUAGGAGUUAAAUUCCUAUCCCUCUUUAACCGUAGCUGCCACAUUGAGGCCUUCCUCCCAACCUUUCCGGACACCCAGUGUGCGAAGUGCCUCGAAUACGGCCACCGCCAGGAGAAAUGUAAGAACAAUGGGAAAUGCGGCCACUGCGCCGGAGACCACCUCACCAGUUUCCACCCAUGCAAUGAAUGCCAGGGAGGAUAUAGAUGCACCCACACCCCAAUCAGAUGCCUGAACUGUAAAGGAGCUCAUAAGGCCUCCGACCCAGCAUGCCCCGAGAGAGCCAAACGCCAAUUCCUCAAUAAAGGGAGGGAAAAUGCCCCACCCGCUCAAGACCCACCGGCCGCACCCGUCCAAGAGCCCCGAACCACCGCGCUCGCACACCAACUUAAUUGUGCACGGAGCGAACUUAUCACCAAGGCGGCGGUAGAAGAAGCGGAAACAGACUCUAGCAUUUAUUUCCUAUUAUUACAAGAACCAUGGACCUCAGCAGAGGGUUACCCACCAGACUCAAAUCUCUUUUAUAUUUUUACAGCCAGCAACACCAACACAAAAUGUGCAACAUACGUCCGCAAACAUGCCAACCUCAAACCAAAAUACCACUAUACAUUCGAUAAUUUCAUAGUAUCGAUUACGGUAGAAAUCCAGAACAAGAAAACCCAAAUCCUAAAUAUAUACUCCCCAGGGCGAAGCGGCCCCUUUGCCCAAAUAGCAAAAACAAUUCAAACCCUCGACAACUGUCUAGUAAUGGGAGACUUCAACUGCCAUCAUCAAAUGUGGUACGGAGUAACAUCACAUGAAUACAGGAACAACAUCCGAGCAGACCGCUCCAACGAUGCACGGCUAAAACAAUGGAUAACCCGACAGAAAUUGACCCUCCUGAAUGAACCAGGCGUCUUUACGCAUUUCCCCAGAGACAGAGGGAAAAGGCCCACAAUCAUCGACCUUACAUUUGUAAAAGGCCCAACACUCGACCACAACCUACGAUGGAGCACUGAACCCUACGGAGCGGGCUCAGAUCACGGGAGAACCUCCGUUCAUUUACACCUGGAAAAACCACCUUUUGUACCAAGACGGAUGUGGCGACAAACAGACUGGAAGCUUUUGGAGAACCACAUGUCAAACAUUUCCCUCCCUGCAGAGGCAUGGGAAACCAAGGAACUUACGGAACAAACUGUCGAAUUCUUCCUAGAACUGGUCAGGUCAACAAUCAGUAUAGUAACACCACUCUCGAAGGAAGGGGUAAGAGCCAACUCCUGGUGGUCAGAUGAAAUGAAACAAAUGAAGGCAAGGGUAAACGCAGCAGAAAGGAAGGCGAGAAAUACAAAGAAACCCAAUCACUUGGAGGAGCACCGGAAGGCAUGCAGAGAAUGGACAGUCAUGAUCCGGAAGGCAAAAGCGGACCAGCGGGAAAAAACGAUGAACGAGGCGAAAGGUAGUGAGGUCUGGAGAAUCCUAAAUGCAGGAAGGAGAAGAGACACAAUCAUACCAACCAUACAAGGUGAAGAAACAUUUGCGGGGAAGUGUCAAGCUCUAAGAGCCCAACUUUUCCCCUCAAAACGGACGUCCCCCGACCAUCCCCCCCUAAACAUUAGACCCCCCUCUUUUGACCUUAGCAACACCUUCGACAUAGUCAUCCCUGAAGAACUUAAUAAACCAGUCGACUCCUGUCCCACACACUCGGCGACCGGCCCGGAUGGCAUUCCCUAUACCUUUAUCAAAGCUAUAGUUAAAGCGAACACAAAUCUAAUCCAAGACAUGUUCUCCGCCAUGCUUCGGCACGGAGUACAUACAGCGGAAUGGAAAAUAGCAAAAUGCAUCCCGAUCCCGAAACCCGGCAAGGCGAACUACCACGAAGCAAAAGCCUAUCGGCCCAUCUCCCUUCUACAAUGCUUCAGCAAAAUCCUGGAAAAAAUAGUGGCUCAAAAACUCUGCACCGCUGGAGAAAUCCUAGGCACACUCUCAGCGAAUCAAUUCGGAGGAAGACCAACCAUCUCAGCAAUCGACGCCCUGUUAAGAACCCUAACACCAGUACAACAAAACCUACUAUUGAAGAACAGCACCGGAGUCGCCCGGCGGGACAGACCAGCGAUCCCAACUAACGAUAUCCAGGGACCAUUUAACUGUUGCAAGGAAUUCAACACCGGCAGAAAACUACAGUUCCAAUUUAACCAUGAGCUAGAGGAACCACAGCCCUUUGAUUCUGGAGUGCCGCAAGGUAGCCCCAUGUCCCCGGUAUUAUUUAUGAUCUAUGCGGGAGUAAUCCUGGACCCAACAAGCAGCCCGAAAGAGAUGGACACUACAUACAUCGAUGAUGAUUUGCUGGUGCAAAUAUCCAAAACACCAGGCUUCAUAAUCAAAAGAAUGGAGGAACGUAUGAGAGAGAGACUAAUGAAAGCUGAGCCACUCCAAAUCAAAUACGACCCAGAUAAAUCCGACCUGAUCUUCUUCCGGCCCACCACAUCAUCCACACAACAACCACGACUUCCGGUCAGAAUCAACAAUAUCAAUAUACACCCCAAGGAGAGGCUGAAAUAUGUAGGCGUCUGGAUAGAUCCGACCCUCUCCUUCCGGCCCCACAUCGAAGCAGCGAUCGCAAAAGGCCUUAAAGCCCUCCACCAGAUUCGAUACACCGCCCGCCUGCCAGGUAUAACAGUCAAGACAGUUCAUCCCCUGAUAACACAAGGCUUCCUCCCAACUGCCCGGGUCAUCACUGGCCUACCACGAUGGACCAAGAGAGCUAAACUCCUCCGAGAAGCAGGAUUACCCCCCCUAGAACACCUCCUGACAUAUCGCUCAAGAAAGUACGGAACCAGAAUACUCUGCACCGACGCAACCCACCCCAACAACGAACCCCUGAUCGAGCUCCUCCCAUACAGAGAAGCAAACAUCAAAGGGACAGGCCUACACCGAAUCGCCUCCCUCUUACUCCCAUAUCAAACCCCUGGAAAUGCGAGAGACAAGUGGAAUCAAAACAAACUACUACGCGACCACCUGUUGGAAGAAUGGAAUACACAACCAAUACCGAACUACCAUCAUCGGGGGGAAUUCCGCCCCCCUCCCAAGAUUGCGAAACUCACCCUUACGGAAGCAAAAAAAGUAUUUCGAAUCCGGUGCCAAACCACCCGAAUCGACAAACACGCAGUACAUACAGACCCCGAACCAUGCCAGUGUGGUAUGGAAAACUCAGCGAAAUAUACACUUAUGGAAUGCCCGGCGUGGGCUCGAAUCCGCGCCCCUCUGAUAGAGAAGAUCCCCGGAGCGAUGACCUGGGAAAACUGGAUGUUUACAAACCUAAGAACGGACCUCAUCCUACAAUUUGCAAAGAAAUCUCAACUCUCGAAAUGGUACGAGUCGGCGGAGGUGGAGGCGGACCUGGAAGAGGGGAUGAAAGGAAAUGAUUAG